CAUCGCAUAAAAACACUGUCGCCUCGGUCCUGCCAACUGUCGUGCCGGAGGCAGCUUCAGCUCUCCUGCCGUAGGUGCGUGUCCGAUCGAAGCAUGGCGAGAUCUUUGAGCGUCCCUCUGCUCCUGCUGGGCGCCCUGGCCGUGAGCCUGGUCGUGAGCCCCGCAGCCGGUGCCAGACAAGCGCCGCGCCGGCUGGGUGGCGUGGAGGACGUGGACGUGAACGAGGAGGGCGUGCAGCGCGCCGUGGGCUUCGCGAUCAGCGAGUACAACAAGGGGAGCAACGACGCAUACCACAGCCGCGCGGUGCAGGUUGUGCGCGCCCGCAGGCAGAUCGUUGCUGGCGUGAAAUACUACUUGGAUGUAGAGCUAGGCCGAACCACGUGCACCAAAUCGCAGCCGAACUUGGCCGACUGUCCCUUCCACGAGCAGCCUGAGAUGCAGAGGAGACUGCUGUGCUCCUUUGAGAUCUACAGUGUGCCCUGGCUGAACAAGAUCUCCAUGUUGAAUUCCCGCUGCCAGAAUGCCUAGGGGAUCUGCGGCAGCCCUGACCUCGCCUGCUGCCCCAUCCAGUGCCCACCCUUGUUCCCAGUGCCCACCCCGUCAUCCACAGGCGCCCCUGGCCCCGCUGGCAGGCUGGACAAGGCAGGUUUUGAAGAGCUGAGUGGCUCCACCCUUGUUCUCAUCUUUCCUUGCUUACCAAGUGCGUUGCCAUGUGGUGCAUGUGUGCUGCCUCAACUGCACUGAAUAAAAAACAGCAUCAGCUCUU